CAUAUACUAUACUUUAGUUCCUCAUUCUUCUCCUCCUACCAAGAAAAUGGAGCAAUAGUGCAAUGGUAUUAGUGAAGCCAGUGUAAGGACCAACCCCUCGCAGCGAAGGCAAAAGCCAAAAGUGAGAAAUCCAGCAGCCAAAGGACUACGCCAGGAGCAUACAAAAUGCCAGCCAUGGCGCAACUUGUCAUAAGCGGCACUGCCGGCUUACAAGCAAAAUAACCAGCCAACAAAAGGACACCAGCGAGAGCAACUCAAGCAGCAGCAGCAGCAGCAGCCACAGCAGGAUACGGGAGACAAGUCAGGAGCAGCAGGAGCAGAGGAGCAACACCACCACCAUUACCAACAAAAUGGAGCCAGAUACUGCAGCAGGUCCUGCGAAGAAAAGCGGCACCACCCUCUCCGUGGAUCGGGCCGCCUUCCUCCUGCUGCGCGUCAGGAAAGUGUUCAAGAAGAAGCGACAGCAGCGCAAGGAGCGACAAGCCCAGCAGAGUGGCGCCACGGCGGGUGGCGGUGCUGGCGGUGCGGGCGGUGCAGGUGGUGGUUCCGGGUCACAAUCGCGACCGGGCAGCCGCAAGCUGCCGCCGCCAUUGUUACGGUCGCGCACACUACCCGCCAUCAUUGUGCCAGGACUUCCGGUCGUCUCGCUGCACACGGAUAAACAAACAUUUCAAUUGGAGGAGCGUUUGCUGGGCAGCAAAAGCCGCAGUGGCAGCGCCAGCGGUCAUCGUUGGUCGCUGCUCACACGUGCCACCAACAACAGCAGUAACAGCAGCAGCAACAAUAAUACCGCAAGCAGCAACAACAACAACAACACACAUUUGGCCAACAACAACAAUACUUUGAUGGUAAAAUCAUUGAAUUUGCCAAAAGACGAUAGCAAUUUGGUCUAUCGACGAAAGUCAUCGGGCAGUACGCCCCAUCAGCAUCAGAGCACGCACCACCACCACCAACAUCAUCAUCAUCAUCAUCAGCAAUUGCAGUUGCAGCAGCAUCAGCAGCAAUUGCAGCAGCAGCAAUCGCAUCUGCAACACCUGGGGGACAGCUCGCUGUUCCAACUCUCCGAUGACUUCGAGUGCCACGCAGAUGGAUCCCUGUUGCUCAGAAUUCCCGCUCCCCAUGUGGUGGCAGCGCGGGCCUAUCGCCUGGCAGCCCGAAAACGAGCAGCUGCCUCCUCGGAGGCAUCCACACCAAUGGCUCGAGAGAACAUCCUCCACGAGAUACCACUGGUGGAGACAGCCAGCUCAGGAUCCGGCUCUGGAUCUGGAUCGAGCACGACCUUCACGCGACUGGCCAAAUUGCUGCAUCAAUCAAGCGCCCUGGCAGGCAGGUCCAAUCUGCAACCACCGCCGUCGGCAGAUAGUGCCGUUCAGAGUCUGGGCCGAGGAUUGGGCUUGGGUCUUGGCGAGGAGGCGCCACGUCGUCUGUCCUGGGAGAGGCGCAAGGACAGCAGUGCUCUUCAGCGUUCGGCCAGCAUCGACUCCUUUGCCGAGAUUGUGUUUAGCGAAUCGCCACGCACCUCACUGGCAGUCACGGGGCCAGGUGCCACCUCCGGAGCUGGUGCCCCUUCGCCAUUCAGCAAACGUCCUUCGGCCAGCAGCCUGUACUCCACCUCAACGUCCAGCUCCUUCGGCUCGCAGGCGCAAGCACAGCUGAAUGUCAAUUACGGUGACUCGACAGUCGGAUCCGGAUCAGCGGGUGGACCGAGCUCAGGUCACCAUGGGGCGUCAGGUGGAGGCAAUGGGGGCAGCAGUGCCAGCAGCAGCCGGCGUGAAAGCAUGCUGAGUCCCUCCUCUACGCGCCGCUCCAAGCUGACCAGAAUCAUAAACGGUGAGUGCGGAAAUCGGAUGCGGAAUCCACAAUUUCUAUUUUGUUGCCAGGCGAUGCGUGCCAUAUCGAUGGAUAGCAUAUCGAAUUCGUAA